UGAAAGAACAAAUGGAGAAUGAAAAAAAUAAGAGGGAGUUGGUGUUUGCGGACAAAAAAAUGGAAAUACAGGCAAGAAAAGGAGAAAAUGUGGACGGAGAAAGCCAGAAGAGAGAGAGAGAAUAAGGAAAAAGAAAGGAAGGUGACGGUGAAUGCAGGCAAAAAGAGCCACAUAGAAGGCAUCGGUGACCAAAGUUUGCUAAUAUCGCCAACCCAAUAAAGACAGUACACUGACUCAUGGCUUUAACACCUGCCCAGAGAUGAUGAAAUAGUACUACUGCUGUGUCAAAAAGGAUGCACAAACCACCCUCUCCUUCCCUCCUCUCCCUCCCACAAACGCACACACAUACACGUAGAUUCUGAGAGCACGCUCUACAGGUGUAAAAACACCGUCCCUACCCCCAGGGCACUUCAAUACUUGCUGCAGCUGAACAAAAACCACCCAUCUCUCAUCUCUUCCCCCCAGGGCACUUCAAAAAGGAAAGCAAAGAAAGGAACAGAUAAUAAUUAAACGUUACAUUUUCAUUAUUAUUUAGUUGGUAAAGUUUGUUAUAGGGAGUGGCGGAGGAAGUGGGUGAAAAUUUAGGUUGCGCCACAUUGCACGUUCUUUAGGUGGAUUCAAGACACCUGAUUGUCAAGGACUCUCACUGCCUUCUUUUUGUCUUCUUUGUGUCUUCUUCUAUCGGCUAUACACUGUAUUCUCCGUUUCCUUGUGUUUUGUUUGCCUCCUCCUACAUUCCUAUCUCCAUAGACAAAAAGCAGAGAGAUAGAGAGAUGGCUAAGGGUAAUGUUGUUUGUGAAGUUAAGGGGUCGACCAAAGACGUUGGUGUUGAGACCAGAAAUUGUAUCGACGAUGGCUUGCCUCCUAACAACCACCAUGGUAAUAAAGAUGACCUAUACACUGAACUGUGGCAUUCAUGUGCCGGUCCCCUUGUUUAUGUACCUCGCGCUGGAGAGAAGGUUGUCUACUUCCCUCAAGGUCACAUGGAACAGGUUGAGGCGUACAUGAACCAAGAUGGUACAAUGGAAAUGCCUAUCUACAAUUUACCUUCCAUGAUAAUCUGCAAGGUUGUCUAUGUGCAACUAAAGGCUGAAGCUGCAACAGAUGAGGUGUUUGCCCAAAUAACUUUGCUUCCAGAGCCAAGGCAAGAUGGGCUUAGCUCAAAGGAUGAAGGAAAUUCACAGCCUUUGCCUCGCAAAACUUACGCACUAUCCUUUAGCAAGAAACUCACAUCAUCAGACACAAGCACGCAUGGUGGAUUCUCAGUUCUAAAGCGACAUGCUGAGGAGUGCCUUCCACCCUUGGAUAUGUCUCAAGAUACACCAGAGCAGAGGCUACUUGUGAAGGACUUGCAUGGUUCAGAAUGGUUCUUUCGUCAUGUUUAUCGGGGUCAGCCGAAGAGGCAUUUGCUUACAACUGGAUGGAGCUCAUUUGUAACUUCAAAAAAACUUGUUGCUGGGGAUGCAUUUAUCUUCCUUAGAGGAGAAAAUGCGGAAUUUCUUAUUGGUGUCCGUCGUGCUCUGAAACUACAGAACAAUGUAUCAACGACUGUCAUCUCUGCACAUAGCAUGCAACAUGGCAUCUUAGCCACUGCCUUUCAUGCCAUUAACACUGGAACCAUGUUUACUGUCUACUACCGUCCUUGGACAAGUCCUACUGAAUUUAUUGUUCCUUUUGAUCAAUACAUUAAGUCAGCUGAAAUUGAUUAUUCUGUUGGAACAAGGUUCAGAAUGCUGUUUGAAGGUGAAGAAUGUCCAGAACAGAGGAUUGAGAGAUUUGAAGGCACUAUUGUUGGCAAUGAAGAUUUUGAUCACAUUCGAUGGCCCAAUUCAGAAUGGAGAAGUCUUAAGGUGAAAUGGGAUCCUACAUCGGAUGGAUUUGCACGUCCAGAAAGAGUUUCUCCAUGGAACAUUGAGCCAAUAGAACCUGUAAAAAGAAAGCGCAUUUAUCUUCAACCCCCAUCAAAGAGGUCACGAUUAAUGGAUGCAUCUGUGUUUCCUAGCAUGGUCAAGGAUGGCUUAUUGCACAGUCCAGUUGAGUAUGCAGCCCAAAAUCCCUCGGAGGUCUUUCAAGGUCAAGAAAAGAGGGACACGGGUGUUGAUGAAUUGGGCGCACUCGAACCGCCACUAAUAUCACGUUUGAUUCCUCAGAAUCUCAAUUCAAACAACAAACCAGUGGGAUUAGGGAAUCAGCUGCAUUUUUCAGUGCAUGGCCCAUUUUAUCCGAGUCCUAGUGGUACUGUAUUAUUUCCUGGUGGAAACGUAGUAAGGUUGGGUCUUCCUAAUUGCUGUUGCCCUCUCCUCAGCUCUUAUGGAGUCCCUGAAAACACCACAAGAAGCAGAGACUUGUCAGUCGUGAGAGUCAAAUCUUACAAUUCUGCGCCUCAAGACUUGAGAACUUCAGAACUGAAGGAGGCAAAUGAAGUUCCACAUGCACCACAACCAAGCGGUGGUGGCAGGUACAUGCUUUUCGGAGUCGAUUUAGUUAAAAGUCCACAGGAGCUCCCUUCACCACAAGUUGCCACGUAUAGUGACCAUGAAAGUCUUUAUUCUAUUCCCCCAAUGUCUCAGUCUAGUGUUUCAAAACCAUCCAAGAGUACAUCUGGCAGUAAGUCAGAAAAUCAAUGCAAGAAUUGUUGUUCUGCCGCCAAUCAGUAUUGCACAAAGGUGCUCAAAUAUGGAGCUGCUGGAAGAUCAGUUGACCUGACUCGAUUUGAUGGAUAUGAAGAUCUUAUUUGUGAACUUGAUCAGAUGUUUGACUUCAAGGGAAGCUUAAUUGAUGGGAGUAGUGGGUGGCAGGUAACAUACACUGAUCAUGAAGAGGACAUGAUGCUGAUAGGAGAUUAUCCAUGGCAGGAAUUCCAGCGUAUGGUCCGAAGGUUGUUCAUCUGCCCAAAGGAAGAUACUGGCAGGCUGAAUCCAAAAUCAGCAAACUGAGUGUCCGUGUGAUAAAUCUUGCACAAGUGACUGUGUCUUCUGUUUAGUUUUUGGGCAAUUCCAUAAAUAAAUGAGAAAGAGAUGCGUUUAUGUAUGGGAAACUAGGAAUGCACUUUAUCUCAAUGCAGUUAUGUGUGAUAUUUAUGGCAAUGCAGCUAAUGGGAUUGCAGAACAUAGACAUCAAAUAAUGUUGAUACAACUUUAUGUUUGAAUGUUUAAUUUGGUAUUGAUUUAUGGCUUUUCUUGCAA